UUUCAGAGCUACAUUGACUUAUUCGUUGGCUGGACAAGCUACUUGAGAUACUUGUUUUUAUUAUUAUAUAACAACCAGUUUUAUGCCCUCGUCGAUCAGUCGCUGUGCAGACGGUGUCUUGAGUAUUAAUUAUUAGUGUGGUUUGUCACCUCAGGAGCAAGAUCAAAAGUGGUAUUUCUUCAAGAUACUAAAUUUCAAGGACUUGUUUUCUAAAUAAAAAAACGUGGUUAACAUGAAUUCUAUCAAGAGUAUUUUUAAGAAAGUUCCACAAGAGUGGGUAAAAGCAAAAAAAUUGCACGCCUCUUCCGUGGUAUUAAAUCACUCUUCAGGACCUUUGACCCAAUUUACUGAGGACGAAAUGAUGAUGAAAGAAACUGUUGCGAAAUUUGCUAAAGAACAAAUUAGUCCUCUCGUCAAAAAGAUGGAGAAAGAAGGAAAAAUUGAUGAUGGACUAUUAAAGCAAUUAUUUGAACAUGGACUAAUGGGUUUGGAAAUUCCAGCAGAUUAUGGUGGAUCUAAUGCUAAUUUCAUGAGCACCAUCUUAACAGUAGAAGAAUUAUCGAAAGUAGACGGUUCUGUUGGUGCCUUAGUUGAUAUUCAUAAUACUCUAGUUAAUUCCCUCAUCAUAAAAGUUGGUUCAGAGGAACAAAAGGCCAAGUAUUUACCCAAGUUAGCUCAACAGUGUGCUGGCAGUUUCUGUUUAACGGAACCUGGAUCAGGUUCAGAUGCAUUCUCUCUUAAAACUCAAGCAAAAAAAGACGGCAAUCAUUAUGUAAUUAAUGGUACCAAGAUGUGGAUAUCAAACUCAGAUAUUGCUGGAGUGUUUCUCGUUUUUGCAAAUGCUAAUCCUUCAGAUGGAUAUCGAGGGAUUACAACAUUCUUCGUAGAUAGAGAAAUGGAAGGCCUCUCUGUAGCAAAACCUGAAGAUAAAUUAGGAAUUAAGGCUUCAGGAACGUGUAUGGUCCACUUUGAGAACGUCAGAGUACCAGAAAGUAAUAUUUUAGGACAGUUUGGACAUGGAUACAAGUAUGCUGCUGGAUUUUUGAAUGAAGGUCGCGUGGGUAUUGGCGCGCAAAUGAUUGGAAUUGCUCAAGGCUGUUUGGAUGCUACUAUACCUUACACACUUGAACGAAAGCAAUUCGGUCACGAUAUUUUCUCCUUCCAAUCUAUGCAACAUCAAAUUGCUCAAGUUGUCACGGAAUUGGAAGCUGCAAGAUUAUUAGUUUAUAAUGCAGCAAGAUUAGUUGAAGCUAAGAAAGACUUUGUUAAAGAAGCUGCAAUGGCUAAGCUCGUUGCAUCUGAAACUGCACUUAAAGUAACGGCUAAAUGUAUAGAUUUUAUGGGAGGAGUAGGAUUCACAACAGAUUUCCCACAAGAGAAAUAUUUUAGAGAUUGCAAAAUUGGAACUAUUUAUGAAGGAACUAGCAAUAUGCAAUUAUCAACCAUUGCUAAACAAAUCCGAAAAGCAUAUUCUUGAAUUAAUACUGAUGUAUAUUCAAUGUAAAUCAAAUCACUAAUCCUAAUAUGAUAGAUCAAUUUUUUAUAAUUCAUUAAUCAUCUAAUAACAAUUUAAUAGCUAAAAUUUUUCAUAUUAAGCAAUAAAACUUAAAAUAUUAUUUCAUACAAUAUACCAUUUAUAUAUUAUCU